AUGUCAGCUCCGUCGUUCUCGUCGUUCCCGCCCUCGUUCACCUCCUUUCCAGAGCUUGACCCCGGACCCAGCUCUCGCCCCUCGACCACAGCGACCGACAAAGCUAAGGAGCGCAAACAACGCAAGAAAGACAAACUUCGCAACGAUCAAGAUGUUGACCGCAAGCACAAGAAGUCAAAGCACAGUCCGGAGAAGGACAAGGAGAAGGGACGAGUGAAAGGGCGAGAGAAGGAGGACAAGCGAAGUUCACGGCAUCGUUCCCGUUCGAAUUCGCUGGCGCGGAAUGACCAGAGGGAUGAGGAAAGACGCCAAAAGGUCGAAGAGGAUCGUCAAGUACGAGCUGAUCACGCUCUCGAGAGCAGAGAAAGGCUCGUGUACUUCAGCGACAGGAAAGGGGAUUCGCUGAACGCGCACUACGGUGGGCUACAUGCUGGAGACGUGCCCAAGUAUCGGCUGGUCGCAGGCGGUAGAAGCGUCUUGGGGCUGAGACCAGGCCUUUCGGUCGUUCACCGUGGACGUCACGGCCUCGAGAUCGCGCCAUAUGGGAGACGCAAAAUGCCUGCUUUGACGGACUCAAGUUCGCGUCGCAAGCUUAUGGCUCCACCCACCCGUCGUCUCAUUGCUUCUGCCGAGUCUACGUACAAGUAUCCGGAGAUAGACGGCUUCCUUCGCAUACGGGGGCAGGAUUCAAGAAGGGACAUACAGGACUACCGCGAAGUGGAUCCGUCUAAGCAAGAUGAUUCCGACGAAUCAGACAGCUCGGCAGAAAGUGCAACUUCAGAUGAAGAUUCGGAAACGCCUCGCUUGACAUCUUUGCAAGCCACGCUGAAAACCUUGGAAGAGAGUCUCACUUCGAACCCUGAGCACAUACCUACUUGGUUGUCGUUGUUGUCGCACACACUAGGAACGGUUCCUGAGGAGUCAAGGCGUGCCGCCAAAGCUCGUGCCGAUAUUUCAGUCUCCCUUCUUUCCCGCGCGUUAGGAGCUCAUUCCAGUAAUAGCCGUUCAAGAGUACUCCGCUUGAAGUUUCUCAGAGCAGGGGAAGAAAUCUGGGACGACCGCAAGCUUUAUGACGAGUGGGAAAAAGCCGUCCAGGUCAACGACGUGGAAGUAUGGCUGGCAUGGUUAGAUUGGAGAGUUCGAACCCCCUCCUACAGCCUACUUGAGGACGUUGUAAGGGACUCGACUCGGAUUUCACGUGCGCUGGGUUCCACAUUAGACGAGGUUGGACAAGUGCGACUAUUGUGGAGAGUUUCAGUCGCUCUCCGCGACGCUGGCUACGUCGAACGAGCGACGGCUGUCUUCCAGGCGCAGGCGGAAUGGCUCUUCUGUACACCUCCAGCAUUGCGGAACCACACUCCGUCAAACCAGUUGAGUGCCCUUGAAGAUUUCUGGGACGCAGAAGUGCCUCGCCUGGGUGAAGUAGGUGCGAGUGGCUGGGCAGCUUGGGAGGCAUCCGGUCGCUUAGAGCAAGAGACGCAGAUGGCGCAGAUGGUUCAACCCUCCGCUGACGACGCGGAUCCUUUCUCAAGAUGGGCCAACUCGGAGAUGCAUGCGGAUCACGCCCUCACGUUUUCGUUGCGCUCUGCGGAUGACGACGCGGACGACCCAUACGCCGUGGUGCUCUUCUCCGACAUCCGACCUUUCCUCUUUCCCCUACGCGGUGAACGCGCAAAGGAUGUUUUUCGUCGAGCAUGGCUUGCCUUCCUAGGUCUGCAUGUCCCUGGUUUCCUCGCGUCAACUUCGGAACACUUCGAAGGUAACGCCGACGAUCGCUGGGCCUAUGAACACCUCGCCGGCUCUUCGCACCUCCAAGCAGUCUUCCCUCAAGCAGCCCUCGCGAGGCGAAUUGCGGCAGACGCGCAUGCAGGGGUGUUGGUGGGACGCGAAAGGGAGUAUGGCGACGGAUUCGGCCCGGUCAAAGACUGGGGAUAUGGUACCAUCGGACCCUUGGACGCUUUUGGCUUCAACACAUGGACCAUGUGGGGCGCGCAAGACGUCAAGAACGUGGAUCAUGCGACAGUAAGAGAGGUCUUCAAAUGGUGCAAAUCACCUGGCAAUGAUCACGCCUGGGAUGCGCUCUGUUUGGCGUUUGAAGCUUCACUGAAUAUUAAAGGUGCCCUCAAGACCUCGAAGUCAUUCCUCGCUACAGCGCCCAGUUCGUUACCCCACUGGACAGCCCAUGCACGCUUAGAGUCCAUUCGCGGUCGUCUCAACGACGCCCGCAAGGUCUAUCAGACGGUACUUGUCGAGUCUGCAUCCGACCGUCGACCAGGAGAAUGUGCCAUGUGGCGCGAUUGGGCGCAGAUGGAAUGGCUCGCUGAACAGGAUGAAGCCGCGAUUCGAGUCAUUCUGAGGUCGUCCCAGACCUCUGGUUCGGGCGGCACUGCAAUUCUUCGCGCAAAACGUAGCCUGGAAGCUCUCGCAAACGAACAAGACGGCAAUGUCUGGCAGGAGCGGAAUGCUUGGAUUCAGCUCGCUGCGCUGCUCGAAUUGCUGACGUCUUCCCCACAAGCUGCAGCCUCGCUAUUCGACGCAUAUCUAGAAACGUUUCACGAAGGCACUCCCGCGCACGAGAACCUCACGAUUGCAUUGUUGUCCAUGCUCUACAACCACAUCGUCGUCCUCAAGAAGCCAUCGCCUCCAGCGCUGCUGCGGGAUCGGGUGGAGCGGGCAGUGGAUGUGUAUCCAAACAACACAGCCAUUGUAGGCAUGUUCCUGGAAGCGGAGAAGGGCCAAGGAGUGUGGGGGAGGGUGCGCACGAUGCUGGGGGAGACUGCGGCAGACGGGACGAGGAAGGAGAAGGGUAUUGCACGGCGAUUCCUGGAAGUGUGGAUCGCUGGCUGGGAGAAGGGCCGGUGGGAGGCUGAGGUUGAGCGUAUCCGGAGUGCACUAUCGGCUGCCGUCGAGGAUGACAGGACGCGCGGGAGCGCGGUUCUCUGGAGACUCGUGAUUGCUUUCGAGAUCCGAGCCAAGCAGCCGGAGCACGCGAAGAAACUGCUGUUCCGGGCGGUGCAUGAGUGUCCGCACGUGAAGGCGCUUUACCUGCUCGCCUUCGGGCCGCUACGGGUGGUGUUCAACAAUCGGGAGCUGCGGCAAUGGGCAGAUACGAUGGCGGAGCGGGGGAUCCGGAUGCGGGCGGGGCUGGACGAGGUCGCGGGAGACUGGACGGACGGCGGGGAAGAGAACGGCUCGGCGUCGGACGCGGGGGAGGCCGAGAUCGAGGAGCGCGCGCGGGAGCUCCGGCGCCUGCGGCCUUACUGA